AUGGCCCAGUUAUCUCUGCGAAUGUACAUCUUAACAUCCCUCUUGCUGGUUUUUGUAAAAGUUCUUCCGACACACGCAACCAAUGUAUCGUCUUCAGAUCUCCGGUCACCCUUGGGACCUGUUGUUGACCUUGGUUAUGCCGCUUUUGCUGGAAAUUCCACUUCACCUACAGGUCAAGUAGAUAGUCCCGUGACCUUUUUUGGUGGCAUUCCCUACGCUCAGCCUCCACUAGGUGAUUUACGAUUCAGAGCGCCCAGGGAGCUUGAUGAGCGUGUACUCGACAAGGGAAAUAUCAAAGUUACUGAUGCCAGAAAUUUCGGUCCGGCUUGUAUACAACAACCAGCUGUUGUGGGCGUUGGUUCUGAAGAUUGUUUGAAUUUAAACGUUUGGAAACCAACGAAUGCCACAGAAGGCGAUUCUCUACCGGUUAUUAUAUACGUCUAUGGAGGUGGUUUUUACGCUGGAACAACUCAAGGCUUUCCUCUUUACGAUUGGGUGGUACAACAUCCGACUGGUGUGGUGGCAGUGUCCGUAUCUUAUCGUCUCAAUGUUUUAGGCUUUCUCACCGGUUCUGCUGUUCGGGCGAAUGGUGACGAAAAUGCUGGUCUAUUGGAUCAAAGAGCCGGAUUUGAAUGGGUCCAAAGGCAUAUCAGUAAAUUUGGUGGGAAUCCUUCAGAGGUUACAAUCGUCGGUGAGAGUGCUGGUGGGGCUAGCAUGGUUAUGCAGGUAGUUGCUUACGGAGGAACACAGACCCCGCCUUUCAAGCGUGCUGUGGCACAGUCAAUUGGGUUUGGACCUACAGCGAAUGCUAGCCAGAUUGAAGUUCUUUUCGAGAACGUCACGGCUGCCGCCGGCUGUCCUGGGGACGGUGAAGUUGCACUAGCUUGCCUCCGCGGUGCUUCUCUCGGUGCUAUCGUUAGUGCCGUCAAUCACGUACCUACUGGCCAAGUUUCUCCCGUCAUUGAUGGAAAGUUCCUACCCGAUUAUCCCUCUCGCUUGAUCGCCGCUGGGAAUUUUAGCACCGUUGAUUUUAUCGGGGGACAUUGUGCCAAUGACGGACGGACCUUUGUCGGUGGGUCACCUUCACAGUUCACAACGGACGAAGACGUCGCGACUAUUCCGUUCAUGAGAUGGCCUAGUGUCACGAACAGCACAAUUCAGCAAGCUUUGAAGCUUUAUCCAUCUCCCGAUGCGCCUGGUAGUCCAUUUACAUCUCAAUAUGACAGGGCUGCUAUUAUGGCUGGCGAUAUCAUUUUCACAUGCAUGGAUUGGUUUUUGGCCAACCAGAUGUCAAAAAAAGGGGUUAGCAAUGUGUAUAAUUACAAAUGGAACGCACCGGAUCCUGUCUUAUUAGCUGCAGCUCCUUAUGAGGGCGUGAUGCAUACCUCUGAUUUGUAUUUCUUGUUUGAAGGAACAAACUCUGCUAUUAACGCUGGAUUCACAUUCACACCCUUCAAUUCAACUGAAGCAUCCCUGUCGGCUGAAGCAAUCGCCUACUGGACGUCCUUUGUAGAAUCCGCUAAUCCUUCUACUGGACGAUUAUCAUACUCUCCUGAGUGGAUGCCCUUUGCAACGCCGGGCCAGUCCUCCCAAAUGAGCAUUGUGUUGACGGAGAGCAGUACGCCAGGAACGUCGAAUAGUACUAUGGAGGCAUUGACACCUGAGCAUAUCGAAAGGUGUGAGUUUUGGAUGCAGGCGAACGUCACUGCAGAGACCACCAUCUAG